GGAAGGAGGACGAGGAAGUGGCUGGAGCAGAGGACUAGACUUGGAGAUGAAGCUCCCAACAGUAAUGCACCAGCAGCUGUCAGGCAGCUAGAUAUUAGUAACAUUUGACAAUGCGAUGGGUAACUGCUGGGCAUACUGUGUUGGGCUCUUCAGGAGAGAAGCCAACAGGAUCCAGAGAGGAGGCGGAUCCAAAUAUUUCCGAAGCAGUACCACAGGGGAACAUUAUACAAUAGAGUUUGAAAAUCUGGUGGAGAGUGAUGAGGGGGAGGAGAGCCCGCAGCCCUGCCCAAGGCCUAUCAGUGAAGAUGAGAUCAAGCACCUCAGAGAACACCACUACACUGCGAUCUCAGACAAGCAGAUCCUGAUAGACCAGAAGCUACAAGCAGAGUUAGAGGCACAAGAGGAGAAGUUGAGGCUAGAAGAAGAGGCUAGAAAUGCCGCCCAGCGUGAGGCCGCCAGGUUGGCACGUGAGCGGAAAAUGAAGGAGCAGCUGUCUGCCCAGAGGACACGGGGGAAAGCAGAUGGCUCUGGCAGUGAAACUCAGCAAAGAAAACAAACCUCCGGGGAGGAUUUCGAUGUCUACCUCCAGAAUGUAAAAGCCCAGUCAGAGGCUUUCAGGAGCAACAGACUUCCUUCUGACACGAACGUGGUGACUCCCAACACAGAGUGCAGCUGGGAUUUCACCACGAAGACCCGCUCCACCAAUGAGGACGGGACCUCACUGGACCUGGAGUGGGAGGAUGAGGAAGGAAUCAAUCGAGCACUUCCAGCCUGGGAGAGGUCUCGGACGGAGGAGGACAUCCUGCGCGCAGCCCUCAGGCCCGGCGGCAAGCAGAUGAACAGCGGCCCGACCUCGGCCUCCGAGGACUCCAACGCACUGGAGUGGGAGAAUGAUUUUGUGAGUACUCACCCAGAGGACAAUGCAAACACUGAAUUUGAAGGGUUUGUCAACCCCGUCCUUGACACUCCCUCUGAGGACGCAUUGGACUGUGGCCUCAGGUUGGACAACCAGGACAGAUAGUGUCCAGCACCAAAGGAGACGUUUGUCGUGCCCUCUUCAUGUCGAAGCUCACCAGCUUUUUUGCCUCAUGAAAUGGAAAUUUAUGUCCUUACUUGCUCUUCAUAUUCUGUCAUAUGAGACUCUGAUGCUGCCGUAAUAUGUUGUGGAUCUCUGCUCUACAGUGCAUUGUAAUGGCAUUUUUAUCAAAUACUCAUUUUUCAGUGCCUUCAUUUGCUAAAUUAGCCGACCGUUUUAUGCAUCCUAACUGAUCACUUACAUCCAUUACCAUUUGACACAUUGCUCAAUAAGUGCUGACUUUCAACGCGCAGUGGCCAGGUGGUCGUACACAAACCAAUAUGUCGCCGAGUUACUCUGAAGUGAAACUUUAUUGUGAAAGCAGAUGGCUGCCGGAGGAGCUGUGUGUUGUACUCACGGAUAGAAAUGGACACAUUUCACUGGUUGUGGGGAGGCUGGUCACGUGGAAUCAUUUAUUAAGGUGCGCUUUUUAAAUCCCAGUGGGGGGAAUUUGUUCUCUGCGUUUGACCCUCCCUAACUGUUUAGCAGCCGUAGACAGCCGCAGAGCAGGGCCUGGGGACCAAACGCAGUUCUGAGGUCAGCGCCUUGCUCAGUGGUAAUGGCAAGAGUGUUCCUGCAUGUAUUUUGGGGUGGGAAGAAACCCACAUAAGCACAGAAAAAAAAAAAAAACAUCUGAACUGCAGAUGCCCUUCUUCUCUCCCAUUUGUUUCAGUUUUGCCCUAAAAAUUCAUUUCUGCUACUGCAUGAUGGCAAAAAAGAACUGAAUUUCAUAUUGAGUUUGCAGGUGACAAAGGUAAAACAUUCAGCUAAACAAUUUUAAUGAACAGUAGUAUAAUAACACAGCCUGUGUUGAGCCUGGACCUAAUAUUGUUUCUGCAGUUGCUUAAAUGUACUUUUUAAUCAUGAGUUUGAUUGCUCAGCAUCCUCAAACAAGGCAUGCAUUUUGUGAAAUGCUGUCAGUGCAUGUACUCUGACAUGAAGGCUGUGCUCAUCACGCUGCCAUCAGCUGUUAGUCAUCAUCUGGUACAGAAUAAUAUGGCCGAUAUGGGACCCAUCAGAUGAAAAACACUGUGUGACUGUAAUUUGUGUAUUUUCUGAAAUUUUAAUAGAUCAACAAAUCAGGUACCUGAUGAGUAAUUAAUUUAAUCGGGCUCAAAAACAGCUUCCGUAUUUGAUCAUCCUCUCGGGUCUAACAGCCUCAUGUCUAGAAAAAUAAAAAUAAAGAAGCCAGAGCAUGAAAACACCUUCACUGUCCUUUGCAGUAAUAUGCUCAGUAGUUUUAUCUUUGUAAACGUACACAUUUCCAUUAGUCCAUUAAUGAACACCCAACAACAAGAGACCUUUUAUAAAACAGCACAAUCAAGCACGUAAAGCGACUCAUGUUCAUGGGACCGCUGGUCGAGCGUAGGACACCUGGGUUUUUAACUGGCCUUUUCAGAGAUUCUCAGCUUCAAAACUGCAUGUUCCACUCAUUUUCUCCAACUGCUUCUCUGGUUCAUUCUGAAAACCAGGGUUCCCACAACAGUAUAAGGAAUAUGGAAAUUAAAAAAAAACCCUCACAUUUAAGAAGCUGCAAUUACUGAUAUUUUGAUGGCGCUAUGUGGCAUAUGUCACAUAUCCAGUCAACUGGGGUAAAACAAAGCUGUUAAUCUGAAUAAUUGCUUUCAAGUAAAAGGGAAUAAUGGCAGAAUAUACAACAUGGGUGGAAAAUAAUGGAAGGCAAUCUUUACCUCAACAAAAAUCACUGUUUACAAGCUUCUAAGAGAGAGAGACACUGCUGAUUUCUGAUUGGCUGCUCAGGCUUGGUGUCUGGCAUUUAAUCAAUAGACAAAUGAUUGUUGAGUUUAAUGAACAUGCGUCAAGAACAGACCAAGAUUACCAAACAUUAAAACGUGACCCUGUGACCUAAACUUUGUCAUGUUCAAGACUGUAAUUGAUCCAGAGCUGCUCUUCCAAUCAGUCUGCUCUAUACAUUAUUCUAUUUCUUGUGCGUUACAUUGGGACAAUAGAGUUUCACACUGAUUAUUUAAUCUGUUUGGAUCAGAAGUAGUUGACAGGUUGCACUCUAAUGUGUAGAUUCUUUCAUUUGGUUUUAGAGGACAUUCACUGAAAUGAAGAGGAAACUGUGCACUACUGUUUUAAGUGUGUAGACGAGACACGGGUUCAUCUGCAGAUAUUUUACUUCUUAAUAUUCAAGUGUGUCAUUUAAAAAUAGUGUUGUUUUCAAAACACAUUUCAAUAUUAUGUUUUGCUGUGAUUACACGAUCUCUGAUUAAUCACUGUAAUUUUCUGUAAAAAAAAAAAAAAAACCUGUAACUUAACAUUCCUUGUCACACUGAGCCUAAGAGAAAAAAAAAUAAAGCAUAGGAAAAAUGUCUUGGGCAUCACAUGCAUUCACUGUAAUGACCUGCUGUACAUGGGGUACAAAGCACAGCCCAGAUUUGGUAACUGAACCAUCAUCAGUUUAAUUAGUCAUGUUAGCUUUUGCCAAGUGCACAGUUAUGUGAAUUUUGUCAUUUUUAAAGUGAUAUUUCACACUGGCAGAAUGUUUGAAUUUCUCUAAUAAACAUACCUGAAGUACAAGACGAAACCAAAGUAGGAGGCGUUGUAAGAGAACUGCAGGCGACACCUCAGCCAAUUCAAAGUCAUGCUUACAUUGAAACACAAAUUACAAAUCUAAAAUACAAAUUGAAAAGUGAACCCAGUAAAUCUGAGUUCUAUACUAAGAGUCUAAAAAAAUACAAAUUUUGCCUUUUCUGUUAUAAAACUGUUCUGUAAAGGUAAAGUAUCACUUUAACUAGAGGUACUAUCUGGAUGUAUCGUAAGCCAACAGUUGGGGCUACCUCUGAUUUUCACACUGCACUGUGUGUGUGUGUGUGUGUGUGUGUGUGUUUUGUGAUCUGUCAUAGCUCAACCACCACUGUAGGUCAGUGGCUUGAGUCCCUUUAGAGAAGUCCAUACUUAAAACAAACUCUUUGUUAUACUGUAGGCUCGUCCACCAAAGCCUGUUUUCUGUACAGAUAAUCAUUUUUAUAAAAGCUGGUACUGGGAACCGUUUUCCCAAAAAUCAUAUGACUUAGUCAAGGACAAAAAAACAAUAAACUUCCUUCGUUGAUGCUGAAUGUAUUCAUCUCCUUUAGGGCAAAUUGCACAAUCAAAUUUUAGCUUUGGGGAACACGUGUGCUAUGUACUGCUUGCAAGUAAAUCAAAAAAGACCCGAAAUGUGAAAAUCAGAGUAAAAGAAAAGUUACCGGCAAGAGAUGAUUCAAGAAAGUGGCGUAAUUUUAAAAUAACUAAUGUGGGUUUUCACAAAAGGAAGGUCACAGUUCAUGCAGCACAGAUUGAAAGCCAAAGCAGGAUUUCUCAAAAACUAAAUGUCCGUUUGCUGCUCUGUGUUUAAAAUACAACAGUGACUCAGUUUCCUGCCAGUUCAUGAAAACGUUACUCAUCUGCUGUUCUCAAUGCUUUUCUGCCUGGUGUAACUCUGUGAACAGGGUUUUUGAAAUGAGUAGAAGGCUAUGAAAACAAUGACAUAUAAAACCACUCAAACUACAUUGUUUUUUAUUUGAAAUGUGUCUCCCAUUACCUGUUUGAUCACCGGUCAAUCAAACCAUGUGAACUUUGGGAUGUGCAGUGAGUAAAUGGCCGAACAACAAAUAUGACACAGUGGAAUUUAGUCAAACCUACCAAAGCGUUUAUUACCUCAUGAAGGCUACGAAGUCCAAAUACUGAUGGAUUUCCUCAUUUGGAAAACGUAGGAACGUGAUGGGUUCCUCAGUAUGUUAAUGUGAUGUAGUUUUGGUGUUUGAAAUCACGCUGCUGCAGGACAUUUGGCAGCUGUUACACAAAGAGUUACUGUAAGCUGUUUUUGAUGGAUAAGGACAAAAUAUGUUUCCAUACAACCAUAAUCACUCGCAUCCCCUGAUCAUCUCACUAAAAAGGAGUUUGCCACAAAAGUAGAGCGCACACAUAAGGGUGGAUUUUGACGCAGUUUUCCUUUCUUUCCAAGGUCACACCAACAAAGACUGUACAGCUUUACUUCAUUUUUAGCUUGGACUUCUUUGUGAAUAAAAGUUGACUUUGCAUAUUUCCAUUGUCAUGGCAUGUUUUUCUUUAACAGAGAUAAGGCUGUGGAAAUGGUAAUUGAUUUUUUUUGUACAUAAAUGAGUAAAAUAUUCGAUUACUUCAUACCAUGGUUUGUGUUUUUAUGACAAACUUUGCGUAAGGGAACAUGAGGAUGUGUGUGUGCACUUUCCAGAACUGGCUCACAGUCACUAUGUCACUGGUCAUUGUGAAUAUUUAAUUAGAUCUAUGUGAAGUCAAAGCUGCAUUGCGGCAACACUGUGGCAUUGGAGUUAACGCAACCUCUUGUGUUUUGUUAUAAAAAUAGCAUCUGAUCAAUUCCUCUGCUGGUUAUAUUUGAACACAUCAUUACUGUCCACGUUCAAAGGUUUCAUUAAUGGGGACAGAAAUGGAAAAAAAAAAGAUUUUAAUGAUUUAAAAGGAAAUGGGGCAGAUCUUUUUUAGACAAGAGGCAGGAAUUUAAACCUUUUCUUCUCCUCAUGGCAAGAACCAAAUCCUGACUUAGUGGAUAACUGAUGCCUGGUUCUAAUUGCCAACCUGUAAUAAGCACAGAAGGAUUUGGUUUCUUCAUUAAGACAAUGUAUUGAGGAUUCUUUACAGGCUCUUAUUUUUCUUGUGGCAUGCAACAUUUUAGGGUCUGUUUGACUGCAAUGAAUCCAGCCUCAGAAUAAACUGGUACCUAAGU